GGCGCCGUGCGGGCGGGCGUUGCCAUGGAGGCGGCGGACGAGUGGCUGCUGCAGUCGCUGCGACUGUACCGCGACCUGCACACCUUCGAGCUCCAGGCGCCCACCCGCCUCAUCGAAUGGGCCCGCGGGGACCGUGUCUGUGUAGCCGGGUAUGGACAGUCCGAUGGGAACGAGAUCCUGCAGCUGAUCCCACCACCAACGCUGCUGACAAAGGAGACCCAGGGCCUGUGUCCAGAGAGAGAUUUCAAGGUAGAAUGUGGUGGAUUUUCAGAGCGCCCAGUGUACAGCCUGAAAUAUGUGCCAGACACCAGCUUGCUGGUGACAAGUGGCCCACCCGACAGCUCCCUCCAGGUCUGGCAGGUGUCAGCAGAGGACUCUGAUGUUAUUAAAUCUGUAAGCACCAUAGCAACAGAAAAUGGCACUGGGCAGUCCUGGGCUAAAAUUGACACCAUUUCAGCCAGAGCCCCAUGGGUCCUUCAUGGUUCAAGACUUGACAGAGUCCAAAUUACAGAGGUUGAAUCAAGGAAAAAUGUCUACACAGCAGGCAUUCAAGCUCCCCAAGGCAGCGAGGAGCUGAGCAGCCUGGCCUUCCUGGACUGCAGCCUGCUGCUGCUGUGCAGUGCCACGGGCCGGCUGUGCCUGGCCGACACGCGGCAGCCGCAGGGCCUCACGGAGGCCGUGCCAGCGCCCUCGGUGCCCAGCAGUGAGCACUGGUGCAUGGGCACCCAGCAUGCAGCCCAGGGCUCCCAGCCCGGCUCCCAGCCCGUGGCUCGCCUCUCGAGCAGGGGGCUCCUGGCCCUGACAGACCUCAGGAAAACCUCGGAGUUCUUGGCUGUGGCAAAGGCCAGAGUCCCCUCUCCCGGCUCAGGUGCGGAGUUCCUGUGUGUGUCCUGGGCUCCUGCUCUGGAAGGCUACCUUGCCAUUUCAGGUUUUGAUGGCACCGUGCAUGUGUAUGACACACAGAGCUGGGACAGCUCUGGCAGGGAAGCAGAGCCCAUCUUCGUUCACAAAGGCCACAUAUUUGGUGGAGCAGGUGGCAGCAGGGACCCUCCCCUGGUCACUGUGCACACGUGGCAUCUGCAGAAACCCAGAACUUUGUUGUCAGCAGCGAGUGAUGGUUCCUUGCAUGUCUGGGACUGGGUUCAGCCCUGUGGGAAGUGUGGGUAGGUGGUGUUUUGGUGAGAUAGGGCAUUUCCUGCCUCUGCUGUAGUUUGCAUGGGCUGCAGUGUGUGUGUGUUUGCCUGCAGAUACUGUUUGGAGACUGUUGCAGUGAGCAGAACAACUGUAAAAUUUCUAUUUUAAUAAUAGUAAAAAUUUUUGCCUGUGUUA